AGGCGGGAGGCGGAGCCGAUUGAGUCCCCGGUCAGAGGUGGUCGCGGCGAAGGCGGUCGAUCGCGUUCCGCGGAGCCCGAGGCGGUGCUAGCGCCGGGCCCGAGAUCCGCGGCGGAGGGGCGGCCACGCGCGGCUCCUUUUGCAGAUGGAGGAACUGAAGCCCACGGAGAGAAGGGACCGGCCCAGGGUCACGCGGCUGCUGAGUGACUGAGGCCAGGGCCGAAUUCCGAUCUUGCCCGGGCCUGUGCUCCAUUCACCCAGAGAGGCAGAAGUUCCCAGUCUAAAGGUUCCGCGGUGGAGCCCGCUCUAGGACCAGAAGGCAGCAUGGCUUCCGAGUCGGAGAGCUUGAACCCCAGCGCCCGCAUCAUGACUUUCUACCCCACCAUGGAGGAGUUUCGCACCUUCAGCCGCUACAUCGCCUACAUCGAGUCCCAAGGAGCGCACCGGGCGGGGCUGGCCAAGGUGGUUCCUCCAAAGGAGUGGAAGCCGAGGUCGACCUACGAUGACAUCGAUGACUUGGUCAUCCCGGCCCCCAUCCAGCAGGUGGUGACCGGACAGUCCGGCCUCUUCACCCAGUACAACAUCCAGAAGAAAGCCAUGACUGUUCGGGAGUUCCGCAGGAUAGCCAACAGUGACAAGUACUGUACCCCACGCUACAAUGAAUUUGAAGAGCUUGAAAGAAAAUACUGGAAAAAUCUAACUUUUAAUCCCCCCAUCUAUGGUGCUGAUGUGAAUGGUACACUGUAUGAAAAGCACGUAGACGAGUGGAACAUCGGCCGCUUGAACACCAUCCUGGACGUGGUGGAGAACGAGAGCGGGAUCACCAUCGAGGGUGUCAACACUCCCUACCUCUACUUUGGCAUGUGGAAGACCUCCUUCGCCUGGCACACCGAGGACAUGGACCUGUAUAGCAUCAACUACCUGCAUUUUGGGGAGCCCAAGUCCUGGUACUCCAUUCCCCCAGAGCAUGGCAAACGUUUGGAGCGUCUGGCCAAAGGUUUCUUCCCAGGAAGUGCCCAAAGCUGUGAGGCUUUUCUCCGCCAUAAAAUGACCUUGAUUUCCCCUUCAAUCCUGAAGAAAUAUGGCAUCCCCUUUGAUAAGGUGACCCAGGAGGCUGGAGAAUUUAUGAUCACGUUUCCUUAUGGCUACCAUGCCGGCUUCAACCAUGGAUUCAAUUGUGCUGAGUCUACCAACUUUGCCACCCUUCGUUGGAUCGAAUAUGGCAAACAAUCUGUUCUGUGCUCUUGCCGGAAGGAUAUGGUGAAGAUAUCUAUGGAUGUAUUUGUGCGCAAGUUCCAGCCAGAGCGGUACAAGCUGUGGAAAGCAGGCAAAGAUGCCCCUGUCAUUGAUCACACUCUGCCCACCCCUGAGGCUGCUGAGUUCCACAAGGGGGAGCAGCAGGACUGUCCGGAGGAGGCCCUGGACGGCAGUGGGGACCCAGUCAAUGAGGAUGCCAGGAGAAGCCCCACCAAGCAUCGGAUUGGAGCCAAGAGGCACCGGGUGUGUCUUGAGGUGCCUCAGGAGGUGAGUGAGAGCGAGGCUUUUGCCCAGAGAGAACCCUAUGAGAUGGAUGGGGAGCAGGCAGCUGUUGCUCCUGGGAAGUCUGGCCCAGACUUGCUGUCACCUCUGCGAGCUGAGAACGGCACCCUCCUCUCGCCAGAUUAUCCAGACUCUGCUGAAGUCAAAUUUGAAGAACUUAAGAAUGUCAAAUUGGAAGAGGAAGAGGAAGAAGCUGCAGCUUUGGACCUCUCUCUAUCUAGAACCACAUAUCAGGCCUCCAAAAAGAGCCGAGCUCGCGGUUCUGAGAGCCGGUCUCAUCGAGCACGCCGAGCCCCGGCUGCCCACACCUGUGCCCAAGAAGAGGAUUCAGAGCAAGAGCUCUCCGAGAACGGAGAGGAGGAGAGUCAGAAAUCCAAGGGCCGUCGGCAGCCCCUGAGCAAGCUUCCCCGGCAUCACCCGCUUGUGGCCCAAGAGUGUGGCAGUGAUGAUGAUGCCAGUGAACAGCUGACCCCAGAAGAGGAGGCUGAAGAGACGGAGGCUUGGGCCAAGCCCCUGAGUCAGCUCUGGCAGAACCGACCUCUGAACUUCGAGGCCGAAAGGGCGUACAAUGAGAACAUGGCUCAGCAGCCCCCGCACUGUGCAGUUUGUAUGAUUUUCCAAACCUACCAACAGGCCGAGGGGGGAAGCCACAACCAGAGCUGGGCGGACGGGCCUGAGGCGGCCCCCGGGAGGCGCAGAACCAGGCCUCUGAUCCCCGAGAUGUGCUUCACCGCCACGGGCUGCAGCACCGACCUCAGCCUCUCCACGCCCUACCUGGAGGAGGACGGCACCAGCAUCCUCAUCACCUGCCGGAAGUGCUGUGUCUGUGUCCACGCCAGCUGUUACGGAGUCUCUCCUGAGCAGGCCUCAGAUAACUGGAUGUGCUCUCGGUGUACGGCCAGCGCCUUAGAGGAGGGCUGCUGCCUGUGCUCGCUGCGAGGAGGAGCCCUGCAGAGAGCGAAUGAUGAUCGGUGGGUCCACGUAAUGUGUGCCAUUGCAGUCCUGGAAGCUAAGUUUGUCAACAUCGCAGAGCGCAGCCCGGUGGAUCUGAGCAAAAUCCCUCUUCUUCGUUUCAAGUUGAAAUGCGUCUUCUGUAAGAAGCGGAGGAAGAGGGUGGCUGGCUGCUGUGUUCAGUGCUCCCAUGGCCGUUGCCCGACCUCCUUCCACGUGAGCUGCGCGCAGGCCGCCGGGGUGAUGAUGCAGCCGGACGACUGGCCCUUUGUGGUCUUCAUCACCUGCUUUCGGCACAAGGUUCCUUCUCAGGCAGAGCGCGCCAAAGGCGCCCUCCAGGACCUUUCUGCGGGCCAGACGGUCAUCAGUAAGCACAAGAACGGGCGCUUCUACCAGUGCGAGGUGGUCCAGCUCUCCACGGAGACCUUCUACGAGGUCAACUUUGAUGACGGCUCCUUCAGUGACAACCUCUACCCCGAGGACAUUGUGAGUCGCGACUGCCUCCAGUUGGGGCCCCCCGCCGGAGGGGAAGUGGUCCAAGUGAGAUGGACAGACGGACAGGUCUAUGGAGCAACGUUCGUAGCUUCCCAUCCCAUCCAGAUGUACCAGGUGGAGUUUGAAGAUGGCUCCCAGCUCAUGGUGAAGAGGGAUGACGUUUACACACUGGAUGAGGAACUCCCCAAGAGAGUCAAGUCCCGGCUGUCGGUGGCCUCGGACAUGCGCUUCACAGAGAUCUUCACAGAGAAGGACGUCGGGCAGGAAAAGAAACGGCAGCGGGUCAUCAACUCUCGGUACCGAGAAGACUAUAUUGAGCCAGCGCUCUACCGGGCCAUCAUGGAGUAGGGGACGGGGGCCGCACGGACCCAGCUGGUCAGCGGGGAGCACUCCGGGGGCCUGAACCCCCCCUCCCCCCCCCCACGCCGUUCAACUCAGAGUGGAAAUUUGAAAACUGAGAUUGUACAAACCAAAUGAACUAGCUCUUCCUCCCGUGCCCCAUUCCCUUCUCUGGUCCUUCUGCCACACAUUGCCGUGAAGAAGGGAGGUUGAGCCCUGAGCCAGGGUCCUGGACAUGUGGUGGUGGGCCUGCGGCCAGCAGGAGCCCCCCACCCCCGAAGAGACUGGGCCCUGCUUGUGGGGACUGGGAGCUGGUGCUAUCUGCGCCCCUGCCCCACGGGCGUGUGCAAGCGUGCCCAGGGAGGCAGGGGAGCGCGCGGACCUUGGCCGGCCGGCCGGACAGAUGGACGGAUGAAGCGAGGAGCAGGCAGCAUUCCUGGCGCUUGCCCCCCUUUCUCCUUUUUAUAUUUAUGUGUGUUUGGUCUCCACCAGCUUCCGUUGCUUCCUGGUGCUUCUGGCCAAAGCCCUCGAGCUGGGGGGAGGCUAGAAGGAGUCACCCGGAGAAACUAAUGUGAAGCACUACACCUCAGUGCUGCCCACCAGGGGCUGAGCUGGGCACUGGGACCUCCUUCCCUCGGGUGGGCGCAGGUUGCGGAAGCACUAGGGUGGGGGUUCUUGAGCCCCUGAGGAGCCCCUUACUUGCCUUUGGGAAAUGGAGUCUCAAGGUCCUGCCCCCUUCUGGACCUGCCCUGAGGCAGGUCGAGGGGGCACUUUUGGACUGGGCU